ACUAUUGUCGCUGAUCAAUAUCCAUAUAACAAAUAUUUUAAUCACUCUACUGCUCUACCAUUUCGGCAAUUGUUUCAAAAAAGGGAUGAGAUUGUACAGCACUUGGGCAACAAAGUUUUAGUACCUUCCAUCCUGACGCGUUAUUGAAUUGGCACCACAUAUAUUUACGCCGUUUUGUUGUGUUUAUCUAUUUUUUUUGCGGACAUUUCGUCCGCUGCUAUACCUUGGCUUUCCUGUUCCCAGUCUAUUUAUAGGAAGGUUUCCUUUCUUUUUAAAUCCGAGCAUUGCGCGAGACGCUUCAUAUCGGAGAACGCAUGUGCAAAAAGGUGCUUAGUUCCCUUGCUCUGCGUGUGUUAUCGAUGCUCAUACGAGAUCAGCUCACCCAGCGGCAAUGAUAGUCUUAUCAACUUUGCGCGCACUAAUUGAUUCGCCCUUGGUUUCGAUAGUGCAUAACUAAAGUCUCGUGUUGCUGUCGCGUUUACUCCAGCCGCAAACCGAAUAGUCGGUAGGAGCCCUCUCAUCUACUAGCUUCUGUCCGCUCCCGUGUUGGGCUGGAUUGCAGUUGCAGUAAUCGAUUGUGCCUUCCACUUUCCAGACACACUUGUUGUUUAAGGAGCAACAGUCAGCUACAGAAUAUCGGCUAAGCUACAGGAUUAGCUCAGCAAGUCUUUUACUCAAAAAUCAACGAAAUGGCACAGAACGGAUUCGGCCACGCAGCCACACAGCUCAAGGUGCAGCCCAAAUCGCAGGCGGUGUUCGAUCGUGAGGACAAGUUUGGAGCGCACAACUACCAUCCGCUGCCGGUAGCGUUGGCCCGCGGCGAAGGAGUGUACGUGUGGGACGUGGAAGGCAAGCGGUACUACGACUUCCUGAGCGCAUAUUCCGCCGUUAACCAGGGUCACUGUCAUCCGAAGAUCGUGAAGGCACUGACGGAACAGGCCCAAGUGCUGACCCUCACGUCCAGAGCUUUCUACUCGAAUGUGCUCGGCGAGUACGAGGAGUUCGUGACGAACCUGUUCGGGUACGACAAAGUGCUGCCGAUGAAUACGGGCGUCGAGGGCGGUGAAACGGCCUGCAAGCUGGCACGCAAGUGGGGCUACAAGGUGAAGCAGAUUCCCGAGAACAAGGCCAAAAUCGUAUUCGCCGAGGGAAACUUCUGGGGCCGUACGUUGGCCGCCGUAUCCUCGUCGAACGAUCCGAGCAGCUACGCCGGAUUCGGACCGUUCAUGCCGGGCUUUGAGCUGGUGCCGUACAACGACACCGUCGCGCUAGAGAAAGCCCUCCAGGAUCCGAACGUGUGUGCAUUUAUGGUGGAACCGAUACAGGGUGAGGCCGGUGUGGUCGUGCCGGACGAAGGGUACCUGCGUAAGGUGCGCGAACUGUGCACCAAAUACAACGUGCUGUUUAUCGCGGACGAAGUGCAAACGGGUUUGGCGCGCACCGGCCGCAUGCUGGCGGUCGAUCACGAAGACGUAAAGCCGGACCUGCUCAUACUCGGCAAGGCUCUCUCGGGCGGCGUGUACCCUGUGUCGGCCGUGCUGGCAAACAAUUCGGUGAUGCUCUGCAUACAACCCGGCGAGCACGGUUCCACGUACGGUGGCAAUCCGCUCGGUUGCAAGGUCGCCAUCGCAGCGCUGCAGGUGCUGGUGGAGGAAAAACUGUCCGAAAAUGCCGAGCGGAUGGGGCAGCUGUUGCGCAGCUCGUUGCGCGAACUGCCCACCGACGUUGUGUCGAUCGUGCGCGGAAAAGGGUUGCUGAAUGCGAUCGUCAUCAAUCCGAACUUUGACGCGUGGGAAGUGUGUUUGCGAUUGAAGGAGAAUGGGCUCAUCGCGAAGCCGACGCACGGCGACAUUAUACGCUUCGCGCCGCCCCUCACCAUCAACGAGCAGCAGCUGGAGGAAUGUUUGCACAUCAUCAAAUCGACCGUCAUGUCGUUCGUGAGCAAGUAGGCAGCAGCGCCAUUGUGCGGCAGGCAAGUGGGGCCGUGCCAAAUUGAUAACGUAUGAUAUUGUAUAGUUCGUAAGUCCCUAUCAUAAUGCAGCUAUAAGUGUAAUAAAGUUUGAGCAAAGUUGGAACACCACACCGGAUGCGCUUUAAAGGUAUGCCAGUGCUCGAACUCACGGGGGCUACUUGAAAUUAGUUACCGGGCCUCUUGGUAUCCAACGAGCGAACUAGGCUUUUGUAACGCACACGGCGCUGUCUUUGCAGUGUGUGUAGAAACUAGGGAAUAAUAAAUAAUAUUUAUGCUUCCGGCCGAUAAGAACCGGCUUCUGGCAGCCCAUCGUCAA